AUGUCUGAUAACGAGGGGCAAGAGUACCUCCAAGAUGACUUCCAGCCUGAGAGUUUGACGGUACCUCGUCUGCGAUCUAUACUGGUGAAGCACAAUGUCCAGUACCCAUCAACCGCCAAGAAGCCGAUGCUUGUUGAGCUCUUCAACGAGAACAUUGUGCCGCAGCGAAAGAAGAUUCUUGCCCGCGCUGCGAGGGCGAAACGCUCCAGCACCGGAAUCGUGAAUGCUGGGAUGGAAGAUGAGUUCAACCUCGAGCCUCCAAAGUCGGCCAGGAGGUCCCGAUCUCCUAGAAAACCAGCAGCCCGCGUUAAGACCGAGGACUCUGAUGAACCGACCUUGCCCGCGUACUCGAGGUCUUCUCGAUCCGCAAGCAGACAACUAGCUCAGGCCUCCGAUACGGACAAUGCCCCUGACACCAUCCGCCGCACCCGGAGAACCGCGACACCUCGGAUAAAGUCCGAGGAGCCUGAGGAUCAUCGCUUCGGGCGCCUUUCAACCGAUCGCCUCUCGACUGAGGACAGUGUCUUUACGAGUGAUAACCCAUUCCAGAGCGGUAGUUCGCCGGCGACGUCAAAGCCGCCAAUUGGUCGCAGGAAGACCUCGAGUGUGGAACGACAACCCAAAACUCCAAAAUCAUCGAGACGACGAACUUCUAUGACGCAUUACACUAGCGAAGAGGACACUCGUGAUUAUAUGUCGUAUGACAGAGCGACGCCGAGACCUUCGCGUCGAAUAACUUCCGAACCACCCGAGUUUGAACCUGGCGAAGAAUUUACCCCUGAAGCGCAGCUAGAGCUCCAGCAAGAAUGGGCUUCUCAUGGCAAGACUAACCUUGCUCCAAGGCAAAGGAAGCAGCCUGCGAGAAAGUCUACCCUCGCAACUUCUCUUUGGGUACUCUUGACAACAGUCCUCGUGGCCUAUGCGGCUUGGUACCGACACGAAAAGAUUGCCGUUGGAUACUGUGGCUUAGGCAGACCAGCAACUCAAAUAAUACCGCCAGAGAUCCCAGUUCCCGACUGGGCCGUUCCGUUUGUCGAGCCUCAGUGUGAACUUUGCCCCCAGCAUGCCUAUUGCUACGCAAACUUUGAGGCUCGCUGUGAGCCAGACUUCAUCCUCAAGCCUCAUCCCCUCUCUUUCGGUGGCUUGGUUCCACUUCCUCCCACCUGCGAACCCGAUGGAGAGAAGGUCCGUCGAGUAAAGGCUGUAGCUGAUAAGGCAGUCGAGGAGCUACGAGAGCGUCGCGCCCAGUUCGAAUGUGGCGAGACUAUUACCGAGACGGGUGAACGACUUGAGACACCGGCUGUCGAGGUUGAGGAACUCAAGGAAACUGUCAGCCGAAAGAGGAACAAGCGCCUCAACAAGCAAGAUUUUGACGAUUUGUGGGUGGCGGCUCUGGGUGAAGUCCAGAGCAGAGAGGAAGUGGAGGUACAACAAAAAACCGGUCCCGGAGGUAUUCCAAACACGUACCUCUCUUCCAGCUCUCUCGCUCGCCUUCCCCUCACGUGUGCGAUCAAACGCUCCGUCGUCAACGGCUUGGAGCGACAUCGCCUCACAAUUGGAUCUGUAGUUGCCGCGUUACUCCUUUUCGUUUACGCAAGGGCACGCUACCUGUCGGAAAGAGCAGCAGCAGCUAAGGUCCCCGCUCUCGUAGACCUGGUCCUUGACCGGUUAUCCAAGCAGAAAGAGCUUGGUGAGGAGGAGCUGGAUGACCCAUGGCUUUUCCUUCCCAAUCUGAGAGAUGAUGUCCUUCGAUCGGUGCACUCAUUGUCCGCGAGAGAACGCCUAUGGAAACGAGUCCGCGCCGUUGUUGAGCAGAACAGCAACGUCCGAACCGGCCAGCGCGAAGGUCGCAAUGGCGAAUUUGGUCGCGCGUGGGAGUGGAUUGGGCCCAUGUCUGGUGACGGCGCUAGGCGUCGCAAGAGUGGUCGUGUUUCGUGGGGUCCUGAUGUGAAGGGCGACGAGACUCCUGAUGCGUCGGAUCGGUCGCAUACCAAAUGGGAGGAGUCUAGGCCUAUUUAUUGA